ACUGUCUCUCACGGUGUAGGAAGAGGAAACAAAGACAGAGAAUUAAAGACUUUUACUUGCUGAAGAACGCUGGAAGUUUCGCAGGACCAAAGUUCAUAUCUUUUAAGGAACAAUGGCUUCGAGAUUUAGGCUUGUAUUUGUAGUUUCUUUGUUGCUUCUACUUCUGGAUUGCUGCAAAGGAAGCUUUGUUGGCGUUUGCUACGGAAGGAAUGCCGAUGAUCUUCCAACACCUGAUAAAGUUGCGAAAUUGGUGCAACUUCACAAAAUCAAAUAUCUUAGGAUUUAUGAUUCCAAUAUCCAAGUGCUGAAGGCCUUUGCAAACACCGGGGUCGAGCUUAUGGUGGGAGUUCCGAAUUCGGACUUGUUAGCGUUCUCCCAGUUUCAAUCAACUGCAGAUUCCUGGUUAAAGAAUAGCAUCCUUCCGUACUACCCGGCCACAAAGGUAACAUACAUCACAGUAGGUCUUGAAGUAACAGAGAGCCCCAAUAAUGCCUCUGCCUUGGUUGUGCCUGCUAUGCAAAAUGUUCUCAAAGCAUUAAAAAAUGUCGGUCUGCAUAAAAGGAUUAAAGUUUCGAGCACUCAUUCCCUCGGGGUUCUGUCCCGAUCAUUCCCGCCUUCUGCGGGUGCUUUUAACAGCAGCCAUGCAUUUUUCUUGAAACCUAUGUUGGAAUUCCUAGCCGAUAAUCAGUCACCUUUUAUGAUCGAUUUAUAUCCUUAUUAUGCUUAUAGAGAUUCUCCAAGCAAUAUCUCUUUGGAUUAUGCUUUGUUUGAGUCGUCCUCGGAGGUUAUAGAUCCGAACACUGGUUUACUUUACACUAACAUGUUUGAUGCCCAGAUAGAUGCCCUUUAUUUUGCCCUGAUGGCCUUAAAUUUCAGAACAAUCCGUGUUAUGGUCACUGAAACUGGAUGGCCUUCCAAAGGUUCGCCGAAAGAGAAAGCUGCUUCUCCCGACAAUGCCCAGACUUAUAACGACAAUCUAAUCCGUCAUGUUAUCAAUGGCUCUGGCACUCCUGCCAAGCCCGGCGAAGAACUAGACGUGUAUAUUUUCUCGUUGUUUAAUGAGAACCGGAAGCCUGGACUUGAAUCGGAGAGAAACUGGGGUUUAUUUUAUCCCGACCAGACUAGUGUCUAUAACCUGGACUUCACUGGAAAAGGCACUGUUGAGGCAAACAGUACUAGCGGCACCAAAUCGAAUACAUGGUGCAUUGCUUCUAGCAAAGCUUCUGAAGAUGAUUUACAGAAUGCUCUAGAUUGGGCUUGUGGUCCUGGGAAUGUGGAUUGCUCGCCUAUUCAGCCUAGCCAGCCGUGUUUCGAGCCUGAUAAUACACUUUCUCAUGCCUCCUUCGCAUUCAACAGUUACUACCAGCAAAAUGGCGCUACUGAUGUUGCUUGCAGUUUCGGGGGAAAUGGGGUCAAAGUUGACAAGGAUCCUAGCUAUGAUAAUUGCAUCUACGUUACCACACGAGGGGUCAACAAAACCACAACAAGUAAUACGACUGCCAUUGCUAGCUCUUCUUCGUCGUCCAGACGGACUGAAGUGUGCACAUGGGUUGCUAGUUUCUUUCUAAUGAUACUAAUCUCAUUCGUCCUAAACCCGAUGCAUCAUUUUCAAGACAGUUAAGGAGAGUCUGACAUGCGUUUGGGGUGGGAGGAACUUACUGCAGCAACUAGCUUUUUUGUAUGUUAUAUGAUGAGAAGCUGUAAAAUGGGAAUGAAUAUUUUGUCCAUUGCCGCUGCUUGAAGUGAAUGCUGUGUUA